CAAUACUUCUGGAGGGCAGUGUACUUCUGGAGGGCAAUGUACUUCUGGAGGGCAGUGUACUUCUGGAGGGCAGUGUACUUCUGGAGGGCAGUGUACUUCUGGAGGGCAGUGUACUUCUGGAGGGCAGUGUACUUCUGGAGGGCAGUGUACUUCAGACGACGAUUACUGACCUGGAAAUCAGAAAAGUUUUUCAAUUAGAGUUAAGAAUCACAAAAAUCGGGGAACUCAUUUAUUUUCAAAUGACAGCAAUAAUUGUUUUUACUACGUGGAGGAUCGGAUGAGUCGGAUACUCGUUAUAAACACAUGCAUAUGAUAUUUUAAAAUGCUGUGGAAAAAAACCAUAACCGCCAUGGGAGAGACAAAAACAGUGAGUAAAAACACCUUGGAAUAGUUUGUUUAUUUAACAUUGGCCAUAUUUUCAUGAAGAUAAAAUAGCUUCCAUAUUUUAUCUUGGCCAGCGCCUCGCAAAGUUCUCCCAUCACAUGUUGGCAAUGGAGAACAUUUUAAAAUUUGCAAAACUGAACAGCUCAUAACAGAUUAUUAUUAUUAGUCUUAUCAAUGACUUACAUUUACCUGAAGAAUCGUAAGCUAAACCACUUCAUUUUACGAAUAAAGAGGAGCAAUAAAAUGUAAGCACACCUCCUCUUUUAGCCAGGCUAACAGAAGAUAAGGAACAUCGUUUUAGAUCUCACUACGUAAGACAGAGCAAGCUCCACCCCUGCAGCAUCAAUUUCUCAUCAAUCCAUGUAUAUUUCAGACUUCCAAUUAUGUAAACCACGCCCACUUUUGGUUCAUGUCCAUCCCGUUUUUGAGAAAAUUGCACCCACUUCUGGUUUAUGCCCCAGAUACAGAUCAUUUGGAUAGGUGGACAGAUACAGUAGUGGUGUACUCGCUCAUCCCUAAUUAAAACGGAGCACCAAUUUGCCCCAAUUGGGGUUGCAAUAGGGCAUGCCAAUCAAGGCCAGUUCAAUCUCCCAUCUCUGCUCUUUAAAUGGAUUAUCAAACACUUCAGAAGUCCAUCCACGUUGUGUAUGCUCUGUUAGCAGUUGAUAUGAAUGAGCCUACACCAGCAAAUGUAGUGGCUCACACCCUCCUGAUUAAGAAGGGUGGUCCCCACUAACUGGGCGACACACCUGCAGUUUCUUCAGGGCUACGGCAACAGGCCCGGUCAGCAAGUGCACGGGUCAGAUGUCAUUCGUUGCAAGUUUUGUUUCAAGGCAGAGAGCGAUGUGAAGGCUGAAAGUUUUAGGGAGUUUUGUGGAGUAUUCCAGUCAUUAGCUGCGGCAAACCGGAAAGCGCUGCAUCCAAAGACGGUACGAACUUUGGGGAUGGAGAGUUUGAUGUGAUUACUGGACCUUAGAUUAAGAGCAGAGUGAGAAAGAUGUAAGAGAAAAGAGAGAUAGAAAGGUGUGAUGCCAAGUAUGCUUUUGUAGAUGAGUUAUAACAUAUGAGUUAUAACGAUAACAUUAGAUGAGCUGCAGCCAGCGAUGGAGCCGUCUGGUAGGGAGUGAUGUCCAGUCUACCAACUUAUGUAGUUCACAGUGGUGAGUGGUGGAAGGGGCGCUAGUAGCAAAACGGAUGGCGGAGUGGCGGAGAAGGGUUAGCUUCUUGAGAGUGGACUGAGACGCCAUCCUGUAGAUGGUGUCACCAUCAUCAAAAAUGGGCGAGAUGGACAUUUUGACCAGUGUAUGUUGGUGUUGUGAAAUAUUUUUUUCAUUGUAUUUUUCUUAAUGAAUGAUAAUGUUAAAAUCUCAUCUCGCUCUCGUCGAAUUGCCUUGAGUGGUACUAAUAUAGUUUGACUUACUUGCACGUGACUUCGAUCGCUGCAUAGUCAGGUAAAAUACGUAACUUUAUUCGCAUGUUUAUUUCAUGUAGUAGGAUUUACAGAUACUUCAUAGCUUUAAUAGCUUUAGCUUUCAUUUAUAGUUAACUUUUAUUUUCUUUUACUAUUUCUAACUGUACAUCUAUCUUUUAUUUUGUUAUUAUAUGAAAUAGUUUUUAUUUCAUUCUUUUGUUUUAGAUUAUUUCAUUGAUUUUUACAAUUAUUUUCACCACUCAAAAGCAAAGCACACCUUUCCCGUCCAUCACUGUGCCCACCCCUUUGUUUUAUGCUAAAGUGGUAUCUCCCAUGUGUGCGUGUCUUUUUAAAGGACCACUGCAGAUGUCCCCCUCCUGUCUCUUGCAUGUUUAUUCCGGCACACUCCCCGUUCCCUCCCUCCCUUCCUUCCUCCCUCCCUCCCUCCCUCCCUCCCUCCUCUAACACCACCAUCCUCUCCCUCACCCAGGAGCACGUCGCUUGCUUUAAAAGCGACGCCUGCUACCUCUUCUCUGCACUCCAUCGGGCAACUGAGAUGCUGGCACGCUGAGGUUUUAGGGUUAUUUCAAUUCCUUUUCCAUUUGGAGUGGAGCGUUAGCGCUUAGUUUUAGCCGCAGCCAUGGCGCACGCUGCCGCCCACAUUAAGAAGGCCAGGUCUGAGAUGGAUCAACCUGCCGAUUUGAAGGCUCUGGAAAAAGCCAAAGAGAGACGGCGGCGUUCCCGGGAACAGGCAAAGCGCAAGUCCGACAGUAACACCAGCUUCCUGCGAGCUGCGAGAGCAGGAAACAUCGACAAGGUUCUGGAAUAUCUAAAAGGGGGCGUCGACAUCAACACUUGCAAUCAGAAUGGUCUCAAUGCACUGCACCUCGCAGCCAAGGAGGGCCAUGUAGAUCUGGUUCAGCAGCUGCUGGACAGGGGAGUUGCGCUGAAUUCUGCCACAAAGAAAGGGAAUACAGCACUACACAUCUCCUCGCUAGCGGGUCAGGCCGAGGUGGUGAAGAUUCUGGUCAAGCAAGGCGCCGACAUCAACACACAAUCUCAGAAUGGAUUCACUCCACUCUACAUGGCCGCCCAGGAGAAUCACCUGGAUGUGGUGCGAUACCUUCUGGAAAAUGGGGGGAACCAGAGCACCGCUACAGAGGAUGGCUUCACCCCCCUGGCCAUCGCCCUUCAGCAGGGCCACAACCAGGUGGUUUCCAUUUUAUUGGAGAACGACACCAAAGGCAAGGUCCGUUUGCCCGCCUUGCACAUUGCCGCCCGCAAAGACGACACCAAAUCGGCAGCCCUCCUCCUCCAGAAUGACCAUAACGCCGAUGUCCAGUCAAAGAUGAUGGUCAAUAGAACUACAGAGAGUGGAUUCACGCCGCUACAUAUCGCCGCCCACUACGGGAACGUCAAUGUGGCCACGCUCCUGCUGAACCGAGGGGCCGCUGUGGACUUCCUCGCAAGGAAUGGCAUCACCCCUCUUCAUGUGGCAUCCAAGCGAGGCAACACCAAUAUGGUCUGCUUACUGUUGGAUCGCGGCUGUCAGAUUGAUGCUAAAACAAGGGAUGGCCUUACUCCUCUCCACUGUGCAGCUCGCAGUGGACACGACGUCACCGUGGAGUUGCUACUGGAGAGAGGAGCUCCUCUGCUGGCCAGAACCAAGAACGGCCUGUCUCCUCUCCACAUGGCGGCGCAAGGUGACCACGCCGAAUGCGUCAAACACCUUUUGGAACACAAAGCGCCCAUUGGCGACGUGACUUUAGACUAUCUGACGGCGCUUCACGUAGCGGCGCACUGUGGACACUACAGAGUCACCAAGCUUCUUCUGGACAAGAGGGCCAACCCCAACGCUCGAGCUUUGAAUGGUUUUACGCCACUUCACAUCGCCUGUAAGAAGAACAGAGUCAAAGUUAUGGAGUUACUGGUCAAAUAUGGAGCCUCCAUCCAGGCCAUUACCGAGUCUGGAUUGACGCCCAUCCACGUGGCCGCCUUCAUGGGGCACCUUAACAUCGUCUUGCUCCUGCUACAAAACGGAGCCUCGCCAGAUAGGAGUAACAUUCGCGGAGAAACAUCGCUACACAUGGCCGCCAGGGCAGGUCAGGUGGAGGUGGUUCGCUGCCUGCUCAGGAACGGAGCCAUGGUGGAUGCCAGGGCGAGGGAGGAGCAAACUCCCCUCCACAUCGCCGCCCGUCUGGGCAAAACAGAGAUCGUCCAACUGCUUUUGCAACACAUGGCUCACCCUGACGCAGCCACGGCCAACGGCUACACCCCACUUCACAUCGCUGCCAAGGAGGGCCAAAUGGAGACGGCGUCCAUCCUGCUGGAGGCCGGGGCUUCGCACUCUCUUGCCACAAAGAAAGGAUUUACUCCCCUGCAUGUUGCCUCAAAGUACGGAAGCCUGGAUGUAGCCAAACUUCUGCUUCAGCGUCGUGCACCACCCGAUGCCGCAGGAAAGAAUGGCCUAACACCGCUUCACGUCGCAGCACAUUACGAUAACCAAAAUGUGGCCCUGCUUCUUCUGGAAAAAGGAGCAAACCCCCAUGCUGUUGCCAAGAACGGCUACACUCCGCUCCACAUUGCAUCCAAGAAGAACCAAAUGGAAGUGGCCUCAGCGCUGCUGAAGCACAGUGCCGACACCAACGUGGUCACCAAACAGGAAGUCACUCCUCUCCACUUGGCCUCAGAGGACGGCCAGGCUGACAUGACCGCCUUGUUGCUUAGCAAUGGAGCUCACGUCAACACCCCCACUAAGUGUGGCCUUACUGCCUUGCAUUUGGCAGCACAAGAUGACAAAGUAGCCGUUGCAGAAAUCCUUGCCAGAAACGGAGCAAACCUCAACCAGCAGACAAAACUGGGCUACACGCCGUUAAUUGUUGCCUGUCAUUAUGGCAACGCAAAGAUGGUCAACUUCCUGCUUCAAAAUGGUGCUAGUGUGACAGUGAAGACCAAGAAUGGAUACACCCCACUUCACCAGGCGGCCCAGCAGGGGAACACGCACAUCAUCAACAUCCUAUUGCAAUAUGGCGCCAAGCCCAACGCUAUCACCGUGAAUGGUAACACGGCCCUGGGUAUCGCUCAAAGGCUAGGAUACAUCUCUGUCGUGGACACGCUGCGGGUUGUCACGGAGGAGAUCGUCACCAUGACAACGACGGUGACAGAAAAACACAAACUGAAUGUUCCAGAAACAAUGACUGAAGUACUGGAUGUUUCCGAUGAAGAAGGAGACGACACCAUGACAGGGGACGGAGGGGAGUAUUUACGAGCCGAGGACCUCAGGGAGCUUGGAGACGAUUCUCUCCCAGGACAAUACCUGGAUAGCAUGAGCUACCUCUGCUUCAGCCAGGAGGGAGCGCACACCGUCAGUUCAGAGAGGUCAUUCACACCCACCCGCAGGAACUACUACCAUAAACACCAAAGCACCAUGGAGGAGAUGCUAAACUGUCAGAUUUCUGCUUUUGCGAGGGAAAACGAGACAGAUUCAUACAGAAUGGGUUGGGGUACAGAGAACCUGGACAAUAUUGCGUUAUCGUCAAGCCCCGCCCACUCCUGUCACUCCUCUCCGUGCCAUGACCACGCAGACCACAGCAGUUUCCUGGUGAGUUUCAUGGUGGAUGCGCGGGGCGGAUCUAUGUGCGGUUUUCGCCACAACGGCCUACGCAUCGUAAUCCCGCCACGGACGUGCGGCGCUCCCACACGAGUCACCUGCAGGCUGGUGAAGAGGCACCGGCUGGCCAGCAUGUCCCCCAUCGUCGAGGCGGAAGGUCUGGCUGGCAGGUUUAUCGAAGCGGCGCCCUCUGGUGGCCACCUUCUCGGGAAGCUUCACCUCCCCAGCGCCCCCCCACCCCUCAAUGAGGGUGAAAGUUUAGUCAGCAGAAUCCUUCAACUUGGUCCGCCAGGGACCAAUUUCCUUGGUCCCGUGAUUGUGGAGGUCCCGCAUUUCGCUUCCCUGCGAGGGGGUGAACGGGAACUUGUCAUCCUGAGGAGCGAGACGGGGGACAGCUGGAAGGAACACCACUGUGAACACACCCAGGAAGAACUCAACCAGAUCCUGAACAGCAUGGAUGAAGAGCUGGACUCUCCGGAGGAGCUCCAGAAGAAGCGUAUUUGCCGCAUCAUCACCAGAGAUUUCCCGCAGUACUUCGCUGUGGUGUCGCGUGUCCGGCAAGACAGUAUUCUCAUUGGCCCAGAAGGAGGCGUCCUCAGCAGCACCGUGGUACCGCAAGUGCAAGCAGUUUUUCCUGAGGGGGCGCUAACCAAAAGGAUCCGGGUCGGUCUCCAGGCCCAGUCUGUCAGCGUUGAUAUCGUCCAGAGGACUCUCGGGCACAAGUCCAGCUUCAGCCCCAUCGUCACUCUGGAACCUCGUCGUCGGAAGUUCCACAAACCCAUCACGGUGACCAUGCCGGUACCCAAAGGAUACUCUGACCCGGCAGGUCUCCAGCACAGUUUGGGACGAGACAUGCCAACCUUACGACUGUUAUGUAGCAUCACAGGUGGAACAACGCCAGCCCAGUGGGAGGAUAUCACCGGAACUACCCCGCUAACGUUCGUCAGUGACCGCGUGUCCUUCACCACCAACGUCUCUGCCAGGUUCUGGCUCAUUGAUUGUCGACAAGUGCAGGAGUCGGUAAGUUUCUCUUCGCAAGUGUACCGGGAGAUCAUCUGCGUGCCUUACAUGGCCAAGUUCCUGGUCUUCGCCAAAAUGCACGACCCCAUCGAGGCUCGACUGCGCUGCUUUUGCAUGACGGAUGACAAAGUGGACAAGACGCUGGAACAGCAGAACUUCUCCCAGGUGGCCCGCAGCCGCGAUGUUGAGGUUCUAGAAGGAAAGCCCAUCUAUGCAGACUGCUACGGGAACAUGGUUCCUCUCGUCAAAAGUGGGCAGCAUCACGUCUUUAGGUUUUUGGCCUUUAAGGAGAACCAGCUAACACUAUUCAUCAAAAUCAGAGAUAACACUCAGGAGCUUUGUGGACGCUUGUGUUUUAUGAAGGAACCUCGCACUUACUGGUCACAUGGACAAAACGCUGUGUGCAACCUCAACAUUACGCUGCCAUCAUAUUGUAAGGACUCGGAUUCUGAUCAAGAUGACGAGACCAACACAACACUACAAAAAUACCAAACGGUGGCGGAGACAUCAGAUAUCCAGCAAUCCAAGCCCAAUCGAGAACCUGACCUCCUAUCCGACGUGUCAGAGAUGAAACGGGACUUGAUGAAAAUGACGGCCAUUUUGACAUCUUCUGAAAAAUCCUUGGAAGAAGGCUCCGGUCCUGAGAAGGAGGGGACGGGUGACGUUCCGAGAGGGGAACCAUUAGAAAUAACUGAGAAGGAUUUGGAGAAAGUCAAAGAGGACCUCGAGAAAGUUAGUCAAAUACUUCGGAGUGGAUCAUGUGACGAGGUGAACCCUAGUGAUCUUAAGGAAUACCUCCUGGAUACGCCCAAAAAACAGAGCAACAUCCAUGAUGGAUCCACUAAAUCAACAACUCCGACAGAUGGCCAACAUCCUCUACGGGGACCAGUCAAGUCUCCACUGAUUGAAGAGACCCCCAUCGGGUCCAUAAAGGACAAAGUCAAAGCCUUGCAAAAAAAAGUUGAAGCAGAGCAAGAAGGGAAAAGUGUCGGCAGCAGAGUUAAACCUUUGCUAUCUUCUCCAAAAGUCAAAGAAACCCCCACGUUUAGAAGCGGUCCUCCAAAACCUACUGAUGCCGCAGAGGAGACGGUCUCGGUUAAAGAGCUGAUGCAAGUUUUUCAGAAAACCCAUGGAACCCCGAAGACUGAGUUGGACGAGCCCAAAACCAAAAUGGAGGAAAACAGAAUCAGAAAAGCUGAAAAGCAAAACUCUCAAGAACUAUCGCCGGAUUCCAAACCCAAAACUCGAGACUAUGGAAAAGGUGGUGAUGAUGAUGACAACUCAGACAGGGUUGCUGACUCGCAGAGUUCCGGAACGCCUCAUCUAAGUUUUGAGGACAGCUGUAAACAUGAAGGUCUGGCCACUCCCGGCACAAGUCCUGAAAGUCUGUGUCUUUCUCCCAAAACCGAACAAACCUCAAACCAAGAAAAAAACGCUUUACCCAGUGACCAACUGUCUCCUGAAUCAACUCCCCUUGGUGAGUCUGCAUCCAGGACCAAAAAGGCUAAUAGCGACAUUGUAGAGCAGCUAGCAUUGCCAUUCGCUUCCUCUGAAGCUUCUAGGUCCUUGGAGUUACCUUUAAGACAAGACUCAGAUCCUCUCAGUCCGUUAGCUGAUGACUCUUUGACCAUAAGCCACAGGGAUUCCCUGGACGGCAGUCCCAUUACGGACUCCUCCUCCCGUAAGUCCCCAGAUUCCAUUGAACCAAGCCCGACCGAGGGAUCCCCUCCUCGGGACUCCUUAGAGACUAGCCCCGUUGAUCCACCCUUCGUGAGUAAAUCCUCAAUUCAGCCUGCGCAAAUGAAAGAUACCUUGCAUGAGAGGCUUUUCCGAGAUCUGGAGGCUGAUGAGGACAGUGGCGAGCAGAGUUCCGGUAAGAGUCCGCUCAGCCCUGAUACCCCUAGUUCCGAGGAGGUAAGUUACGAGCUAAAUCCCAAACCUCCUGACCGCGCAUGCCUGACUUUUCAAUUCAAACCAGCAGCCGUCAUCCUGGAAGAAGACCCAGAAGAAGACCAUACACCAGACGUAGACCUAGAAUGUAAAAUAGGGGCCAAAGCACUCACAGGAGAGUUAAACCCUCCUCUUUGUGACCAACGUAUUAAAGCUCCCUCUUCUUUUUCAGCAGGUGCACAAGAGAAACACCACGCAGACCUAAACCAGUCCAAAUCCAGUCUGAAAACCGCACCGGAACCACGAGUAGCUAGUCAGCAGAAGCGAACAGACAAGCAAAAGGAGGACAGCUUACAGAAGUUGGCAGAAAACAAAGGAGAAAGUCAUGUGACCGAUGACGCCAAGGGAAGCCUGAUUGGUCAAGCGAGGGACUUCAAACCUGGGGACUGUAUCUAUGAGCAUACAGAAGAAGCAGAACAUCCCAGAACCGAAUCCAAGGGUGUCACCGCAAAGGUAGACACGGCGGCCUCCUGGUCUAAGGAUGACGAAGCUUGUCUCAAAGUAGAAGAACAGAAAAUACUCAAUCUAGUGGUGGGAGGAGAAAGCGGUCAUUCCCAGCAGGCGAGUCCUGCCUCGACACCCGGUAAAACCCAAACCGAGGAGAGCACGCCAACUAGCGAGCCAAACCCGUUUCUCUUCCAGGAGGGGAAGCUUUUUGAGAUGACUCGAAGCGGCGCUAUCGAUAUGACCAAAAGAAGCGUAGAGGAUGAAGGUGGUUGCGGAGGUUUUGCCUUUUUCCAGAUCGGUGAGCAAUCGCUAGAACCCAACGGGGGCUCUGAGAAGUCAGAAGUCGGCCUCAAUCUAAAACUGGAGGUCAACACCGAGGAUAAUGCAGACAAAUCUGAAGAAGCUCUUCAUCUUUCACGUGAGGUGAAUGAGACGGCGCCUUGUGAGUCGAACAUUCCUCAAAUGGGAUUCGCCGCUUCGAGUAAACCCGCUAGGUCUCUGGAGAAUCCCAAAUCCUCCAAUUUGGAUUGCAUGGAUCAAAUGAUAAUGAAUGUAGAGUUAGCAGACACCACCGUUACAAGAUCCGUAUACUCCGAGCAAGGUCAGGAAUCAUCGGAUUCCUCCCCGGAAGAAUCCAAAUCCGUGAUCGAGACCCCCAAAUCCUCUGAAGCGAGUUGUCUUCCUCUCAAAGCUAAAACCAAAUCUGCAUCCUCGCCUGUGUCAAAAUCCAGAAUCCCCAUCAAGGCAAAGUCUUUCAAAGAGGUUGAGCAAGACAAAAACCGGACCACGCCAAGAAAGUCAGAAACAGGACAGAACACAGGAGGACUAAAGACUAAGAACCUCUCCGAGGGGGUCUCCGCCAGACAGAGCAGUAAAGGAGAGGCUAAACCCUUCCAAUCCAGAUUGCCAGUCAAAGCUAAAAGUGGCCGGACUUCCUCCUCCAUUCCACGCCACAAGAGGUCCGUCGAAUUCUUCGAUGAGAUCACCGACGAGGCAGCAAAGCUCGUGGAAAGGCUAGCAGAGGCGAGGAAAGACCAGGAGGUCCCCGCCAGUGAUGACAAUUCAGAGGAGGAGAGCAGUCUCGUGGAUCCAGUGGGGAUGGACACGUUUCCUGUUAGACCGCAUCAUGAGGACCCUGUUCUACGUCGAGACGCAGCAGAGAGUCCAAAGCAGACAUUAUUGCUGAUAGCGGACCACCUGGGCUUCAGCUGGACAGAGCUAGCUAGAGAACUGGGAUUCAGCCGGGAGGAAAUCCACUCCAUAAGGACUGAAAAUCCCAAUUCCCUGCAAGACCAAAGCUUUGCCCUUUUGAAUCAUUGGAUGGAGAAAGAAGGAGCCACAGAAACAGCACUUAUCAAGAGACUGACUGAGAUCAACAGGAUGGACAUCGUUCAACGCAUCCAAAUCACGACGUGCUCGGAACAAAGCCAAGCGUCCGAGGAAUUCACAUACUCGGAGCAGGAAAGCAUUCGUCAACAAGCUCCGGGAUUUGAGAUGGAGCCUGCAAAGGAUCGAAAGGUCAGCAAGGUGGUCAAGACGACCGUGGUGACGCGAGCGAGGACGGAAGACACCAGAAGAAACCUGGACAAGAAGCCAGAUGGUCCACCAGAUGCAAAAUCCAGCACACCUAUGAACUGAAUGGAAAAAUGUAAAAUUAAAAAUCGACGCUGCAAUAUAUCCUGAUGGUCAAACCUUUUUUCCCCAUUUGUGUCAUUUUUUGCGUUUUUUUUUUCUAAUUGCUUAUUUUUGCUCUUUUUGUGGCCAAAGACUGCAUCAUUAUUGUCCGCGUUUUAUCGUGCAAAUGUAGUAAUGUGUUUUUUUGACAUUCUUUUAGAAAUGACUCGCCCUCAUUGGUGGGUUUUUUCUUUGUUUUUGUCGGGAAGAAAUGACGGAUUCAUGAAUUGUGCGCACUUGUGUUGGUGAAUAAACUUUCUAGAAAGGUU